AUGAAGAUAUUAAUAGUUAAUGGUUAUCCUGAUACAAAAGAAGGACUCUAGUCUUUCUUAGGAUUUAGAUAUUUAGUUUAAAAGAUAUUUAUGGAGUAGACUAUUAUCGUGGAUAUGGAUACGGAAUUUGUAAUUAGAAAGAUUAAUGAACUUGAUGAUGUUUUAUAUGAAUCAACCAGCACAAGCAUUAAAACAUCAUCUGGAAGAAAUUUUGAUAAUUUUGAUAUGAUUUUUAUAACUGGUGAUCCUUACUUACGACCUUGGAGUAAAAAAUGCUAAAAUGUACAAAUUUUAGUUAGAAUGUGCUUAAGAACUCAUAAAUUCUUAUUCGCUUGUAGUUUUGGAAUGGAAACUCUAGUUUUUUAGUCUGCAACUAAUUUUGAUCGCUCUGUCAAUAUAAUUAAUGGAGAUGAAGGUGGUCGUCUCACUGAUAUGCCUUAAUUCUCUAGUUAGUUCUAGCAUUUAUCAAAUAUGGAUUUUUUUUUGGAAAACACCACAGGCGAUUUAUAUUAAUUUAGCAAUGACAAAUAAGAAUGGUCUACUAAGAUAAAUACAGGUUUCCACAAUACACUAGCUGCUCAAACUUAUUCAACUAUAGGAAAAUUCCUAAUCAAAGCACCUAUUUAUAGACCUAAAAAUAAUAUUGAGAGCUCUAAUACUAGUAGUUAAUAUGUCUCAAAGAAUACGGAAUCUAUUUGCUAUGUUAAGAAGCAAUAUAUUCUACACUGGGCUUUUUAAGAUUUGCCAGGUACUCACUUUUUAAUCUAGAAGAAGAGCAAGUGGGAUAUUCACCCUUUUUCUUUUACGAACUCUGAAACUACUUUUGUGACUUUAGCUGAAUCUGACUCAGGUCCUUUGAUUAUUUAGUUUGGAGACUACAUUAUGGGGUGCUAGUUUGAAGUCAUUCCAAAAUAUUUUGAAUCUCUUAUCCCUUUAAAGAAUUUCAUUUACAAUAAGCUUCUUAUGAUAUCUGAAAAUAGAUAGUCUAAGAUUUCUAUUUUAAAUGUUAAUUCAGCUGUAUCUUCUGCAGAUAUAAUGAGAGACAUAAGAUUGAGAGAUGAAGCUAAAAAUUAAAGAUCGCUAAAGUUUGAUAAAAUCGCAGGUGAAAGAACAUCUUCUGCAAAAUAAUCUUCAAAUAGAACAUUCAGAAAUAGUGGCUUUGCUGCUACAUCAAAAAAUAUAGGAAUUAUAGUUUCUUAAAAUGCCGUUGGAAAUCAAAUAGUGAAAGCUAGUUCAUCUUAAGAUUUGCAUAAUUUGAAAAAGAGAUUCAUGAGCAUUCACGAAGAAGGAGGCUCUAAAGUUCUCAAAGAAUACAGAGAUAAAAUAAAUUAGUAAGAAAAUCAAAAGAUUAGAGGGAAUUCUAGCCAACCAAAGUAAGAUGAUCAAUCUGGAUUGCCUUCUUUUGAGUAGCUGCUUUAGGCACGCUUGCAAGAACUAGGACUAGGUGACGAUGAGGAGUUGCUAGAAGAGGAAGAACCAAUUACUAGAGAAUAAGUUAGAAGGUAUCUUCACCCAUUUUUAAAUAAAGAAUAUCUCUAUGAGACUACAAAAUGGAUACCAGGCUCUUUGAAGUCUAAGGAAAGAAAGCACGCAAUUAGAGUUAAAUAAGACGACCUAUUUAAAGGUCAUUUUCAUAGGCAAAUUAAAGAAGAGAAAUCUCUCUUAAACAAUCAGAUUAGAUCUUCCUCAGUGCUCUCUAGGAAAGGUUCAUAGUAGAGCUUAUCUUCAAAUAUCUCCAAAAUACCAUCUAUACUUAAUAAUGACCCUUAUAAAUCCCAAGAAGAGCUGUAUAGAGAAAACUAUAGAAAAGAAUCGUAAAAGAAUUUAGGCCCAAAAAGUUUUGUUUUUUCAAUACAAAAAUCAAAAGUACAUUCAAAUAUUGACCCAAAUUUCAUUCCUAACUACGUUAAUUAAACCCCUUCUAAAACAACUGCUAAAAACCACUAAUAUAGAGAUACAUAAAAAAAGAAUUGGGUAGGAAACUAAGACUUCUUGCUUAUAGUAUGA